AAAAAAAGCUUGCAAACAAAGAAAAAAGUGGAAAGUAUGUGGCUGAUUUCGGAACGCGUUCUUUCAUCUGUUGUGUAAAAUUAAAUUGAGAAUGGCCGGGAAGAUGGCGGCGGCAGAGUUAAAACAUGAUAAUAUUUCGUGCUAUGAAACUGUGAAAAAAAAUGUAUCGGCAAUAACAUUACACAGGGAAAUAGAAUGUUAUCAAUUUAGAUUGUUAGACCUAUUUUACUAUUUGACUUCUGUCAGUUUUUUUUUCAUCGAUAUAGCAACAGAUAGUAUUGUAUUUAUGGAAUACUUUUUACAAGGCCAGUUUGUUUGGGGAUGCUUUGCUUUGAGUUUUACGAUAUUACCUGCAGGUGUUAUUCAAAUGUUUAGUUUGAGAUGGUAUCACAGUGAUGGUUCUAUUAAGAAUAUACAUUGGUUGUUACAUUUUUUAUUUUUAGGAGUAUUACACAGGUAUUUAAUUUUACUUUACUCUACAAUAUAUUCAUUAAGGAGCAAACGAUUUGUGAAGGAUAAAAAUUGGGUAUAUAGACAGGAAAGUGAUAUAUGUAUGUUGCAUUUAUUUGAGUCUUUUAUGGGGGCUGCUCCACAAUUAAUAUUGCAACUAUAUGUCAUGGCAGUAUUACGUUGUACACCACUAUGGACAAGUCUAUCUGCCAUAGUCUCCUUUUGUUCGUUGAGCUGGGCUAUAGGUACAUAUACAAAAGCUAUGCACAAAAUAAAUCCUGGCCAUAAUGAAGCAACAUGGGUAGUACUAACUCUUCAGGGUCUUUGGCGAACUGGAAUGUUAAUAUCCAGAAUAGCUGUUUUGGUUUUAACAGCAAUCUGUUUGAGAGAAUGGUCUUUAUUGUUUCUUGGUAAGUGUGUGAGUGAGCUAACAAGAUUGCUCAAAAUAGAUUUAUGUCUUUGACGUAGUGCGUGUUCCACUCUGAAUGUUACAGGAUUCCACUGGCUUUUUAUGACCAUUUGGGUACUUCUCCAAAACACAGAUUUUUGCCCAACUGUAUGGGAAGAACGUAUUUAUAAUUGCAUUAUAGGAUUUAUUUAUUGCUUCGAUUUUUUUAAUUUACGUGUAGGCAAAUCUCGAUAUAGAGUAUUUGUAUUUUAUUCUAUCAUUGUAAUAGAAAACAUAGCUUUUUUAAUCGUUUUCGUGUUAUGUUUUAAAGAUACGAUAAAAACCGUGGAAAUAGCGAUAAUGACCGGUUUAAUAAUUGGAGGAAUGAUGAUUGGCUUGACGAGUAUGUCAUUUUAUUAUGGAAAAUUUCAUCCCUCAAAAAUUGGUAUUAUACCCAACCCUACCGAUGAAAGGUCUGAAAUCGUAACCAACAAAGCUGUCACUCCUAGAUCUUUCAAACAGUAUUAUCCUAAUUCUUUCGCGUCGUCGUCCUGUUCUAUGGAUCAUUCUCAGAGGUCUACUUCUGAGGAAGUCACGACAGAUAAACAAUUUCUAUUAACAAACAUCGUACAGAACUCGGAAUGCGCGGAAAAUGGUAUUAUCAAUCAAAACUGUCAAAUUGAAAACGAAUCACCAACUGCUAUUCGUGUUGUUUCGGAAUGCGAGUCGGCGCACAACAACUUUUCAAAAGACGAUAGUACAUCGUCUGGCGGUUUAGCGAAAAAUGCAUUUUCUGUCACUGACAAUACCUGCGAUUACCUCGAAAUUCAGAGCGAUUGCAACGAUUCCAACGAAAAAGAUAUCCAUCGUCAGAAACGCAGGGGCAUUUGUUUGCCAACAACCCAUGGAUUAGACAUAGAUAAAGAUGUAUCAACAAAAGAUCAAAACACUUGUCUUCCAUUGCAAAAGAGACGGGGUAUUUGUUUCUCGAAUCAGCUUAUUCUCGAAAUGGAGAACGAUGUUCAGAAAAAGAUCACACCAAAUAGAAAUUUAGUCUCAGAUGUAAGUACGAAACAUGAUGAGUUAGAGGAAUGUUCCCUUAGCAAUAUCUGCGACAAUUUGAGCAGUAUUACAAUGCUGAGAGACAGACUGGAAACUCCGAUGAUUUUUAACGAUACUUGCGAGAAAAUUUCAACAGAGGAACCGGGGAAAUUGUCAAAAGAGUUACAACAACGGGAUGAAACAAUGAGUUGCGUUACUUCGAUCCAUGAUUACGAGAAUGUUUGUCCGCUCGGUGUGGCUAGGCCACCAUGGUGCAUUCGUAGUUGGAAAGGAUAUACGGAUAUCGAAACUUACAUUCAUGACGAUAGCGUUGUCAGAGAUAGAAGAAGAGACACUUUAACGAGUACCACUACCGGCACCACUUACAGCUCGGAGUUCUCCGACACAACAUGUGCGAGUUCGGUGUUAAGAGGAAUUUUAAAGCAAGACGAUUAUCUCGACACGCUCACGUAUGAUCUGAUAGAUUCUCGAGAAUUAAAAACGGUAUAUAACGAAGAUAUUUCUACGAAAAGAAUCUCCGAUAUAGACGAGCAAAACCCUACGCUGUACAUCGCGAAACCUGUAGUGAUAGAUGAUAAAGGUGGAAUGUUCGCGCUGGAUACUAUCUUGGAGGAGCACGAUGAAAUUACUACGGAAGAAAAAUUUGAAUAUACUCGACCCGGUUGCGACUCGGUUAGUACAUUAGUUAGCACCAUUGAUCAAAUCAGGAAAUAUACGGCGGAAAAUUCUCCUAGGCACGUAUAUCAUACCACUGGCAGUCAAUGGGAAGACUUUGAUCCGAAGAAUUUGAUAAAAAAGGCGCAACUCACAAAAGCAUUGUUUAAAAAUGAUCUCAAAGAUACCGCCACGUGUAACAGAAAUUACAUCAACUGCUUGGACGAAUCGGAGUCGAUUGUUCGUGGAAAAUGCGAAAUAGAUACUAUCAAAGAUUUAGUCAAAUACUGUACGAUAGAGUCGAUUAAGAAAACACCUUUGAUAGAUGCGAUACUUUCCGAUUCGCCGAUAUUAGGGAACAAAGCUAAACUACAGAAACAAGUUUCUAUCGCGUGUCGAAAAGACGAAUCUGAUUCGAAGGAAAACGAUCUGUACGUUGAGAUGAGUCCGUUGGUACCUGUUGAAAAUGUUAAGGUUGUACAUAAUAAUUUAUCCGAGACGGUAUCCUCUAGUAUUACGAAUGUCAAUUACGCAGAUGUUAAGCGACCAGGCAUUACGCCAAAUAUUUCCACGCACUCAGUAAAAUCGAAUUCCGAUAACGCGGACAAAUUAGAAUCUGUCUACGAUAAACGUAAAAAACCGAUUAAUUAUCCGAAACGAAAAUUUUCUCUGUUGAAAGAGAAGUUUGAAUCAAAGUCGCAAUUGGUAUACGUUGUUACGCCGAAUAACGCUAUCAAAAUCGGGCAGUCCGCUGUUCCUUCGGAAUUGGAUGUAUCGAAGAAAAAUGUUUCGGUAAUUCUAAAAAAGUCGUCCGAUUGUACAAGGCACGACAAAGAGAAUUUGGCUCCUAUCGCGUCACUUAAAGUCAGCCACGAGAAGUAUACUUCGAACGAUAGGUCCCAUCCAAAUCGAGAGAGUAUUGAUCUUAUUUACGAAAAUGAUAAGUCCCUGUGCAGUAAUGACUUAAACUUAAAAGAAAGAAGACACAUAUUUUUGGAACAGGUUUUAUCUCCCCCGAAAUUGUUAACUUGGAAUAAAAGAAAGUCUUUCAGUGGAUCUACUGUGAAGAAGUUAUAAAAGCAUCUGUGUAAUGCAAUAAUGUUUCUAAUGGUUCCAAAAAUAAGAUUGCA